AUGGCGAGAGCCCAUUCUGAGUCUUCAGAUGACUUUGAGUUCAUCGAGACCCCUGCUGCCCCUUGCGAGUCUCCGUCGCCAGGAAACUGUGGCGUGAGGACAACGUCGUACCCUUCAAUCAAGAAUGGCCCCCUUCCUGCUGAUGCUGCUGGGAGCGACAGCUUCUCCAACAUCCUCCUAAUUGGCCUUCUCGUUCUCAUUCCAUGGUACCUCGCUCGCCAGAUAGGCGGUGGAUUUUACACUAGUAUCUUCUUAGCGGUCUUUACCUCUAUUCCCAUUCUCAUGGUCUACUGGUCCGUCGCCUCGUCGAUUUCCCCGCGCAAGAACGAAAAGGCGAAGUAUCCCGGCAGACCAGUCGAGCACUACCUCCAGUUCCACAGUGAACAUGACCGAGCUAAGUACCAUGGCAAGAGCAAAAUCCCCAUGGAAACUUUCCACGAGAUGUACUUUGACGGAAAGGUGGAUUUCAAGGGCGACUGCUUGGAAGCUUUGGAGUAUAGACACGACUGGGCUUCUUUCAGGUUUACAUUGAGCUUGUACAAGUUUUUCUUGACGGGAAUGAUGCCGGAGGUUAUUAUGCACACUCGCAGUCAAGACGAGGAGCAAGUUCGCGGUCAUUAUGACCGCGGAGACGACUUCUACGGCUGGUUCCUUGGCCCGCGCAUGAUCUAUACCUCUGGUAUUAUUAGCGAUAUCAACAAGGAAGAAACGCUAGAACAAUUGCAGGAUAACAAGCUGGCUAUUGUAUGCGAGAAGAUUGGUCUCAAGCCAGGCGACACUAUGCUCGACCUUGGAUGCGGUUGGGGAACUCUCGCUAAGUAUGCCAGUGUUCACUAUGGAGCUCAUGCUACUGGUAUUACUCUUGGGCGCAAUCAGACUGCUUGGGGAAACAAUGGCCUUCGCAAAGCUGGAAUUGAUGAAUCCCAAAGCCGUAUCGUUUGCUGUGACUACCGCGACGCUCCCACUGUCCCCGGCGGCUACAAGAAGAUUACUUGUCUUGAGAUGGCCGAGCACGUCGGCGUCCGUCAUUUUGGUACUUUCUUGUCGCAGGUUCAUGACAUGCUUGAUGACGACGGUGUUUUCUUCUUGCAGAUUGCUGGUCUCCGAAAGGCCUGGCAAUAUGAGGAUUUGAUCUGGGGCUUAUUCAUGAACAAAUAUAUCUUCCCUGGUGCCGAUGCGAGUACUCCCUUGGGCUUUGUUGUCGAUAAACUCGAAGGAGCUGGUUUCGAAAUCAAGGGCAUCGAUACUGUCGGCAUUCAUUACUCCGCAACCCUUUGGAGAUGGUACCGCAACUGGAUGGGCAACAAAGAUAAGGUUGAGGCCAAAUACGGCAAGAAAUGGUUCAGAAUCUGGGAAUACUUCCUUGCUUACUCUACCAUCAUUUCUCGUCAGGGUAGCGCAACUUGCUACCAGAUCACUAUGGUCAAGAACAUUAACUCCACUCACCGUGUUGAAGGCAUCAAUAGCCAGUUUGGCCUCUCUGGAGCCCGCACUACGUCCGUGGAGACAGUUGGCAAGGGAGAAGUGCCCAGUGCCAACGUCCCGGUUGUCAGCAAGGAGUAA